CUAAUUCCUGUUUGGAUGUUGAUGCUCGUAUUAGAUUAUGUUGUGAAGGAGAAGCCUCUAUUAGCUGGGGAUAUGCAGGGAGGCCCUGACUACCUCGUUCUCAAAAACUUAGAUACUGACAGUAUCCGGAUUAUUGGAAGUGUGCUUGGUCAAAGCAUUGCUUUGGACUACUUUGUUUCACAGGUUGAUGGUAUGGUUGAAGAGUUUGCAGGUAUAAAUCGAGCUAUGGAGAAAACUGGAACUUUCACAAUGGAUGGGAAGAAGCUUCUUCAACUUGUUGGCAAGGCUAACUCAAAUCUAGCUGAUGUGAUUCUGAAAGUUGGUCUUUUUGAGAG